AUGGCAGAGAGUUCGAACGACGAAUCGCUGAAGCUAGCGGUAGCGAUCUCGCUUCUCCGAUCAAAGGUUCUGAAAAACAUAAAGGAUCCUAAUGCGCUUUCUCCUUCGCAAUCUGACGCUCUUCUCCGUUGGAAGCGAAAGGCUAAGGAAAGAAAGCAAGAGAUUCUGAGGCUCAGAGAAGAUCUGAAGGAAGCUCAAGAUACUUCGCAUUGCGAUCUCUUUCCAGAGAGUGCUUCUUGCAAGUGUUAUUUCUUCGACAACUCUGGGGAAUUAAGCCCUAAGCAUCAUGGAAAUGGCUCUCACGGCAGAUUCAACGACGUCCUUCGCCGUAGAUUUUUAAGACAAGUGCGCUUUAAGGAAAGGAGGAAAAGAGUAGGUUCUUCUUCUUCGAGUCACCAGCGGCUUUCUUUAGGUUUAAUUGAGGAGGAUGAAACAGAGCAGCUUAGGGCGUCUGUUGAUUUUCUUGUGGAGCUGUGUGAUUCUGUGUCACCUGUGGAUGAUUCGAAGUUUGCAAACCUGGCACAUCAAGCUGUAGACUUUAUUUUGGUUUCAUUGAAGAAUCUUUUAUCUAUGGGAAGGAACCUGGAACUUGUUGAAGGAAUUAUCAACAGCCUGGUUACACGCUUGACUAGGCAGAUGUGCUCCCUCUUGUCAGAAAAUGGGUCUCAACACACUGACAGCAAUGCACAAUAUUGUAUUCAGCAUUUGAUCCGUAAACUUGGAAGCGAGCCCUAUAUUGGUCAGAGAGCAAUACUUUCAGUUUGUCAAAGAAUUUUGGUGCUGGCAGAACGUUUGCUUUUCUCUGAUCCUUUUGAUGAUGCCUUUCCCGACAUGCAUGAAUGUAUGUUCAUAAUGAUCCAGCUUAUCGAGUUCUUGGUGUCAGAUCACUUAUUAGAGUGGUCAAAAGCUGAAGAUUUUGAUAACAUGAUCUUUGAAGAUUGGGUGACAUCAGUUAUCCAGGCAAGAAAAGCAUUAGAACUCCUGGAAAGCAGAAAUGGACUGUAUGCGCUCUAUAUGGAACGAGUCACAGGUGAAUUGGCAAAACAAGUUGCUGGAGUCUCAUCGCUUCAGAAGCUUGAACCGGAUAUUUUUAAUAGCCUGUUUAGCUAAACAUUGAUUCAAUUGUAAGUAAUAUGCCGAUUUAU